UUGUGACGUCGAACAGUAAAACAGACACGCCAGCUGCCAGACUAAGUCACAGCAACAAUCGUAGUAUCACAUCAGAGAAAAAGUCACAGAAAGUCUGUCACUAAAGAGCAGCUAACAGAGGGAAGAAGAUAACAAGUGCCAUGAAGCAUCUUGUAGACCACCUCCUGACAUUCUCACUCCAGGGUGGGGAUGUUGAAGGUGUAGAGGAGGCACAAGCGCGUCUCUCCUUCCUGGCAGAGAAUAACAAGUUGUGGAGUCAAAAGAUGCUCAUGGACAUCGGGAGUGACUCCAUUUGUCUCCGAGACAUAAAGACUGAGGAUGAGCUGGAGCGCUAUUCAUUCAAAGAUAUCUACCGCUGCGACCCCAUCAGCAUGGAGAAACACUUCCCAUCCCUAUUCUUGCUGGUCUGCAAGCAUCCGAACGAGAAGAAGCCGGAUAUUCACUUCUUCAACAGUGAAUCAAUGCAGGCAGCGGAAAUCUGUGAGGACAUUAAAAAUGCAGUUUCGGGUAGGCCUAACUCCAGGAGCAGCAAGAACGCACCUGAAGGCAACAGGCCUCCUUCCAGCAAAGAGAAGAUGUAUGACGCCUAUGGUAUUCCAAACCCUCCCUUCCCAUAUGCUCCUAACCCUCCUCCAGUCAACCCGCCACCUUAUCCUGGACUAAGAGCAGCGAAUGGAAUAAAUGGUGGGCCUGACCUAUCCUUCCUGCGCGCAGAGAGAGAAGUGAUGAUCCUAAAUCACUGUUUUGAUGACAUUGAGACCUUCAUGGGGAAACUGCAGCAGACCGCAGAGGCAUCAACAGUCCUGAACCAGAGAAAGAAGAAGAAGAAGAAAAACAAAAAGCAAAGUGCUGAAGAUGAUUUACUGACGGAAAAGGCCCGCCCACCACCAGAGGAGGAAUUCAUCGACAUCUUCCAGAAGUUUAAGUACUGUUUCUGCCUCCUGGCUCGUCUGAAAUCGACUAUUGCCAACCCUUCCUCAGAGGAGCUGGUACACCAUGUGUUCAGACCUCUUGAUAUGAUGGUAAAAACAACAGGGGGACCGGCGUUCGGAGCAUCUGUGUCCAGCCCUGCUAUGACCAGCUCAGCUAUUUCCCUGCUUCAAGACACUCUAACCGGGGAGGAAAAGGAGCUGUGGACGGCACUGGGUCCCAACUGGACCAACCAUCGCUCUCAGCUCAGAGGACCUGUCGCUCCAUACACUCCUGUGUUCCUGGACGGCUGGAAGCCAGAAGCCGAGAGGGCGGACGGGCAGGUUUGGGAGGAUCCUGUCGAGUCACAGCACAAACAUGAGGCCCACCGAGUAAAACAAGAGCAGCAGCAGCAUCAGCAGCCCCAUCAGCAGCUCAGUCCUCCAGAAAGCAUCUACAACAAAGGGGAAGGUCCUUCGGCUGAGGCUCAAAGGAUUUACAUGUGCAGUUACGACUUCAACGCCAGGAACAACACCGAGCUGUCGGUGCAGCACGGAGAGACCCUGGAGGUGCUGGAAUCGUCGAAACGCUGGUGGAAGUGUCGUAAUCGGUACGGCGAGGUGGGCUUUGUGCCCUUCAACAUCCUGGAACCAGUGGAUCACACAGACAACCCCGUAACCAAUAAACCUCCCAGUGCUCCGGCACCGCCCCCCCUCAACAAAUCCAUCACCCCAGUCCCACCGAGCCCCCCUGCUCUGCUCUCCACUCCCUCCCACUCUCCUCAGCGCCCUCGCACCUCCCCAACAGGCAGCCAACAUGUGCCAGUUGCAGAUGAAACUGAUAAAGUCAUGUUGGUGAAUGAUGAGCUGCUCCAGAGGCUGACAAAUGGUAAGACCAACCUGAACAAACCCCUGGUCAUCCAUCGAGCUGCAGAGACCUCAGUUCCUCUGGACUACCACUCUCCUCCAGAGGAGGUGACUGAGUGGCUCAGGAGAAAAGGCUUCAGUGAGCCGACGGUUCAAUGUUUGAGCGUGCUGACAGGAGCUCAGCUCUUUUCACUCAAUAAGGAGGAGCUGAGAGCUGUGCUUCCAGAUGAGGGGGUCAGAGUCUACAGUCAGCUCGCUGUGCAGAAAGCACAGCUGGAGGAUGCCAGGAGGGCCACAGAACUGGAAGCAGUCAUGGAGAAGCAGAAGAUGAAGGUUGAUCUGGAGCUGGAGAGCAGCACACUGUGAAAAGGCUCAGGAGGAUUAUAUUCUUCAACUGUUGAGUUUAUUUUAUUCAGCUGGUUAGAAGAGAUAAACUGAUUAUCAUUUUUAUCGGUUAGGAGCAUUCAAUGGUUAUUAUGCAAUAUUAUAUUUUCUGUGUUGUGCAAAUAAAUAUUUAAGGAUGUG